AUGACGGAAUCGUGGCGAUGCCGUCGUUGCUGGAAGAUACUGAGUGGAAAGCAUCCCCACUGUCCUCACUGUGGAGGCAGAUGGGACAAGGCACAAGACACCCCCCCCGCGCCACCGGACCGGAAGAAAAGCGAGUCGCCCCACAAUCGUGGACGUGGCAAAUCGCCGCAUGUGAGAAAUGUGCAGGUUCAAGGCCGACAGCAACAUCAGCAGCCUCAGGCACGAAGUGGUUCCGAGGGCGCCAGGAAGAACCGCAGACAGCGUGGACGGAAGAAGCAGCAAAACGAGGAACUUCCUCAAUAUGCAGCCCCGGCCAUGCCGCCUCCCUGGAAAGCAUCAGGCACUACUGCCAAGGAAGCUGCCUCAUCCACCGAGAUUGUCGAGAUGACAGCGGAAGAGACAGCAGAGAUGAUGACGGCUCUUCGAUCUGCAUACACAGAUUCGCAGAUAAUGCCGGAGCACGUGAAGAAGAUGGUGGACAAGUACGAGAUCAAAACUACAGAGCAGCUCCGAAAGGAAAUGCAUCGCACAACAGACUCUAUCAGCAAAGCACGCAAACUUCUACAUCAGCUACAAGAUGCUCGCAGCCGACACCGGAAGUCAUGGCUCUCGCACCUCUCCAAUCUGAUGAACACAUUGGAAAAGCAGAUCGAGGCCUUCGAGAAUCAGCAGAAGGAUUACCAGGAUCGUAUCCAGAAAUCUCGCAGAGAGAUUCAAACAUCCAGGCGUGCCCUCCAACGACUGAAUUCUCAAGCUGCCGAGACUGCAGUUCCGGAGGUUACCAUCGAGGAGGACGAACCCUCGGAACCGCCUCUACAGGAUGCAGAGGAAGCGGAACUGCGAAGCCAAGUCAACAAAAUCCUCAAGAAGUGCUGCAGAGCGUCAACAGCCAAAGAAGCGAUCGAGUUGUCAGACGAAGAAGUGGAGGAAAUGGACCUCGAGCCGCACAAACACAAGCGCCCACGCUCAUGCGUGGAUUCAUCAGAAUCCUUCUCCUUCUGGACAGGUAUUUCUCCUGAUUUGAAAUCGAAUGCCGGGAAGAGGCAGAAUUUGACGCCAACCACAAGUCAUUUGACUGAUGAACACUCUCAAGGUGCUUAUGGAUCUUUUUACGCCAAUUUUGGACAUGGAGCACAACGUCAAGCUCCACACCUGCAAGAUAUUCGGCUACAACCUGCAUUCAUUCAAGACCUUGAGACUGCCAUGCACCAAUUUGGAGAAGUCGACGUGCACACUGGAACAAGAAGCAUGAGCGUCCUUUCCUGGUACCUUCACGGGCACCGCCUCAGGGAGUGCAGAAGAUCCAGAACUGUGCGACUAUCUGACGAUUUCCUACAGUGGCCUCAACUUCUUCAAAAUGCUUGGGCAGCUGAACUUGAUCUAGGCAUUGCUGUGGAUUUCUUUGUAGUUAGUCCUGAUCCACCCAUUGCGUUUGACGAUGAGGACCAUGCGGCUCAGAUCAUCCUGACGCAACAAGCGCGCCCACAAGAAUGUGCAAUUUUGUUCACGAAUGUGUACCACUCCAUCGAGCGUGUUGCGCUCCAGCGUUUAGCAUGCUUUGGUCCUGUCCAACUUGACCGAAUUACUGCAGUCACCCGUGCAACAAUUCCUGCACAGGUACAGCACAGGACCAUACAGGCAUACUAUGGCUGGCGUCCAGUUUUGGACCUUCCAGAGGAGCCUCUCCAAAUCCCACAUGGAGCCUCAAUCGUGAUUCACAUUCGAGCACAACAAGAACUACACCCUUCUGCUGACACAAUAGUUGAAGAUCCUGGAGAAGAAGAUGGUCCAUCAGCGCAUGAUCCACCACGACCCCGCAGUAGAUCUCCUCGUCAGCCUUACAGAUCUCCAACUGAAGAAAUCGAUGACGCAGCAUCCUUUAUGGCGCAUCAACCCCACCAGGUUGAAGAUCAGGAGCCAGUCUUUGACAUGCCCCAAGCUGUCAGACAAGAUGAAAUGGAAUCAUCAUCAAGCUCUGCUGAUUCAACCUAUGACAGUGAUGUGCAAUCGAUAUUCUUUCACCUUUUUCAGUUGAGAGCACCUAUGGUAGCUGCGAGAAUUCGAUCUGACACAUGGGCUUCAACGUACAGCAAUGUGCGCCAUGUUCUUCAGCUUGAACGACACGAAAUCCAAUACCUUCACCUUGUUCAAACAAGCCCACCUGACCUACAGAUUGCAGGUACUUGGGCGGCCAUUGUGCAAAAAAGACAGGAUUUUGCUCCAGGUGAUGUUCGUCGAUGCAUACUGGUCGAUGUCAUUUUCCAUGAGAACCAGCCGCAAAACCUCAAUGUCCACCGCUAUGCCCAUGCGGUGAGGAAGGACAUGACACGUAGAGUGCUGCUGGAAGAAUUGGGCAUUCAACCAUACUGUGCAGCAGUCAGACAACGCUGCAUCGUACGUGUCAACAAUCGUGUGAUCCCAUUGGGCAGCCCUGUGCUUUUUCCCAUAUCACAUGGGGACUACGUCAGAGUUGAUCUUCCUCCACACCCUCGGAUGCAAAUUCCUACUAGAGCAAUUGCUCGAUGUCUGCGUGAUGGCCACAGAAUACAGCAGGUCCCCAGAAUCUACAGCAAUGCCGACACUGACUUUGAGUGGGAAACAGUGACCAACCCAGAUGUCACCCAUGAUGAAGACUCCAUGCUACAACUUCCCGGCCAACGAACUGCAUCCAGGUGCCUAACAGCUGAGACGGUGGCUCAUGCUCAGCGACCUGGUUUGCAGCCCCAACAGCUCUCCUUAGAAGAGCUUAUCCCCAAGCCCAGCCAUACCCAGGUGGACUUCUCUGCGGUGCAGUGGUUUUGGUAUGAACUCCAACAAAUCCAAUUGGAUGUAUGGGAAGAAUGGUUCUCCAAGGAGGUGACAUUUCAUCCAGAACGACGGCAAACUCCAAUGCGCAUUGACCGACAUGAACUAGCACAGAAACUUCACGAUCCUGCUGUUCUCCACCAACUAGCUGAUGAAAUUGUUGAAGCCCCCUGGGCUCUUGACCCGCAUCAGUCUGCCGAUUGGCUUGUGGAUCAGGUUGGCAGAGCCAUUCAAAGACUGGUUCCACACACCUACCGAUGGAGACGCAAGAGACAUAUUCCAAAUGAGAUUUGGCAAAAGGUGCAGCAAAAGAAACUGGCAUUUCGGCACUUGCGCACUUUGAAACAUACUUGGCGACGCACUCUCACUCAAGCCAUUUUUGCGGCGUGGAGAUCACAGCAAUCUUCAUCACCACUGGAGCAACAUCAACUUCGAGGUUGGCUGCGACUCCAUGAUCACACCUUUGCCUGCACCCUCCGAGAGUACAAGAAACUCACGGUGCAAGUGACUGCAGAUAUCAGAUGUGCAGAUGCUCAUUUUUAUCAGCAGCUUGCUUUUGAGUCGGGGCAUGCCUACACACACGAAGGCCUCACUGCCCUUUGGAAACGUGUCAAAGCGGUGCUUCCCAAGAAUCGGAUGAAGCAAUUCCAUGCGCGGUACGACAUUGGUGAAGGUCUCCAACAGCACUUCGCCGAGCUUGAAGCGGGUGAGAAGAUGCCGGAUGCAACUGCCAAACAGCAAUGUGCACAACGCAACAAUCAGGAAGAGCAUUUGCGUGCUGGAUGGCGAAUUCUCAAUGCACCAGUGGUUGGUAAAGUGGCAGAGAAAGGCCCCUUCUACAUCAUCCACUUAUACUCUGGACAUCGCAGAGACCAGGACUUCCACGAACAGAUUGAGAAGGUGAUUGCCGAGUUCAAAGACCUCCACAUUAGGGUGCUGUCUAUUGAUACGGCAGUGGAUGAGCGACUUGAUGUCCACGACCAGAAGCUUUGGUCGUUCCUGAUGCAAAUUGCCCGGGAAGGAUGA